AUGGAGAUCCGACUUAGUCAAGCGAGAAACGCCACUUACGCCACCCACAACCCGACGAUUCUUGACAUCAAUGUGAACAAACUUCCCCAACCAGCUUUUGCUUUACCCGAGGCUCGUGCCAAUGCGGUUUAUGCCACGGAUGGCUCUCAGGUUACGGAGGAGUCUGUGCUCCAGAUGAAGAAGAACGAGGAUAAGGGUAAGACACCGGAGAAGGAGUCCGAGAAAGCUCCAGAGAAGGAGGAAUCCGAUAAGAAGAAGCCUGAGAAGAAGGACAAGCCAGAGGACGUCGAAAGACCCCGAGAGUCUCUGGUGGUGGAAGCCUCCCUGACUGGGGGCUCCUCUGUGGGCAGCAGCAACAACAACAAUAACAGCAACAACAACAACAAUAAUAACAAUAACGAUGAUGACGACAAGAACGUGCCCUCGGUGAUGACGUACGCGUCGGGCACCUACCCGCCACUUUUGGCGAUCGCCAUGAAAGACAAGCCUCCGCUUCCGGGCCGGCCUUUCUCCAUCAACAUUUCCGAUCCAGCUGUCAAACAGACAAUCAUAGAGAUCUGUGAUAGAAGAGAACCCCAUUUUGUCUUGUUCCACAUGAAAGACCCGGAGGAGCCCGAUACUGACAUCAUCCACAACAGAAAGUCCGUCUACACCAUCGGUGUCCACUGUUACGUGCAGCGUUACUACGAGGAUGGACCUUACUUGCGUAUCUUGGGUUACCCAAUGGAGAGAUGUCGUUUGGAGAAGCUCACCGUGCCAUCUGAGACCUCCGCUACCGCUAGCGAAGGUGCUGUGGCUGAAACUGCCUCGGAGGGCGCCUCAGAGAGCGUUUCAGAAGGUGCCUCCGUCCCUGAGCCCGUGGAGGAAGAGGACUUCCCUACUGCCUACUUGAAGGGCUUGGGUGUUUCCUACGCCAAGGUGUCUCACUGUCAAGACGAACCUUACGACCCCAACAGCGUCGAGUUCAAAGCUCUCAUUGAAGACGUGAAGAACCUGUUGUCCAAGAUGGCCCGUGUCAUACCGAACAAGAAGGACACUGUAAGAGAUGCCAGCAAUCUUUUGACAUCUCCUCACAAGCUUGCUGACUUCAUUGGCUCGACUACUAGUGCUACCCCAGCAAAGGUACAGGAAAUGUUAGAGGAACUCAAUAUAGAGGUAAGAUUACAGAAAGCGCUUGAGUUGUUCAAGAACGAACUCGAGGCUUAUACUAUCGCCGAGAAGACCAUGAAGGAAUUGUCCUCUCGUGCCGACGAAGCGCAGACCAAGCAAAUCGUCAAGGAGUAUAUCAAAGGUUUGCAAAAGAACGCUGGACUCGUGGAUCAGGAAAACUCAAAGACCCGCAAGUUUGACGACCGUUUGAAACACUUGAAGUUAAGUGAGGAGGCCAUGGAAGCUUACAACAGCGAGAAGGCCAAGAUGGAAAGUCAGAAUGAGCACUCGAGUGAACUUGCCGUCAGUGAAAGAUACUUGGACUGGUUGACGUCUAUUCCAUGGGGUGUAUUCUCGACAGAUCGUUUUAACGUUGGCCUCGCUAAAGAUAUCUUGGACCGUGACCACUACGGUUUGAAAGAGGUCAAGGAGCGUAUCUUGGAAUUCAUCUCCAUGGGUAAGGUCUCUGGAAAGGUUGAUGGUAAGAUUUUGUGUUUGGCUGGUCCUCCUGGUACGGGUAAGACUUCCAUCGCUAAGUCUAUUGCAGAAGCAUUGGACCGUCGUUACGUGAGAAUUGCCAUGGGAGGUAUUCAAGAUGUUCACGAAGUCAAGGGUCACAGAAGAACGUAUAUUGGAUCUAUUCCAGGUCGUAUAAUAUCGGCUUUGAAGCUGGCCAAGACUUCUAAUCCUUUGAUGUUAAUUGAUGAAAUCGACAAGCUCGAUUUGUCCAGAAGCGGUGGUGCUGCCUCGGCCUUUUUGGAAAUCUUGGAUCCUGAGCAGAACAAUGCAUUUGUGGAUAACUACAUUGAUGUCAAGGUUGAUCUUUCCAAGGUCUUGUUCGUUUGCACUGCCAACUACUUGGGUAACAUUCCUGCUCCUUUGAGAGACAGAAUGGAGAUCAUCGAUGUUUCAGGUUACACCAACAACGAGAAGCUCGAGAUUGCCACCAGGCAUUUGAUUCCUCAAGCUGCUAAGAAGGCUGGUCUCGGCGAAGAGCACAUCACAAUCUCGCCAUCCGCGAUCACCAAAUUGAUAGAGAAAUAUUGUCGUGAGAGUGGUUUGAGAAAUGUGAAAAAGUUGAUCACCAGAAUUUUCAGCAAGGCUUCUUUCAAGAUUGUCGAGCAGCUCGAGAAGUUGGAAGCACCAAAGGAGGCUAGUGCUGAAGGUGCCGCUGUUAAAGCAGAGGCUGCCUCUCGCCCUGUCCCUAAGCCAGAGGACAGUAAGCAAUUUUCCGAUAAUGUGUCUCUCUCCGCCAAUGAAGAGAAAGAAGAAAUCAAGCCCUUGGAAAUUCCUGCCGAUGUGAAGCUUGACAUCACCCCAGAUGUCUUGAAGGACUACGUUGGUCCUGAGAUUUACACCAGAUCUCGUGUUUACGACGUCCCUCCCCCUGGUGUUGCCACAGGUCUUUCCUACAGUACUUCUGGUAACGGUGACGCUCUUUACAUUGAAUCUAUCUUGACCCAUGCCAUCAGUUCUGGUUCUGGCCAUGCUGGUAUGCAUGUCACUGGUCACCUCAAGGACGUGAUGAAGGAGUCGGCGUCCAUUGCAUACUCCUUUGCCAAGCUGUUCCUCGUCAAGGAGUACCCUGAAAACAGGUUUUUCGAGGCUGCCGAAAUCCACGUUCAUUGCCCUGAUGGUGCCAUCCCCAAGGAUGGUCCAUCGGCUGGUAUUUCAUUUACUUCCUCUUUGGUUUCCUUGGCUCUCAACAAGGCAUUACCACCAACAACAGCUAUGACUGGUGAGAUUACUCUUACUGGUAAGGUGUUGCCAGUUGGUGGCCUCAGAGAGAAAAUUCUUGGAGCAAAGAGAUAUGGCUGCGACACUAUCAUCUUCCCUAAGGACAUCGAGAAUGAACUCGAGGAGAUUCCCGACGAAGUGAAGGAAGGUGUCAAGUUCAUUCCAGUGCUGUGGUACUCGGAGGUCUUUGAUGCCAUCUUCCCUGAUGUUAAGAAGGAAGAAUGCAGCAAUGUGUGGAAGGAGGAGUUCGCCUUGUUGGACGAGAAGAAGAAGAGCAAGAGCAAAUAA